CCAAGAAGUGACCAGAGCAGGACGCUUUUAUACCUUUUAGACCAAGAAACAAUAAAUUCAUAAAGAAUUGACGAGACAAAGAAGUUUGAUCUAGAGGUAGUAAAUGGUGAAGAAAUAACUAGGAAGCUCCUCCAGAGUUACUAUCUAUGAAAUGGCAGAGAAUGGAAAAAAUUGUGACCAGAGACGUGUAGCAAUGAACAAGGAACAAUAUAAUGGAAACUUCACAGACCCCUCUUCAAUGAAUGAAAAGAAGAGGAGGGAUCGGGAAGAAAGGCAGAAUAUUGUCCUAUGGAGACAGCCACUCAUUACCUUGCAGUAUUUUUCUCUGGAAAUCCUAGUAAUCUUGAAGGAAUGGACCUCAAAAUUAUGGCAUCGUCAAAGCAUUGUGGUGUCUUUUUUACUGCUGCUGGCUGUACUGAUAGCUACGUAUUAUGUUGAAGGAGCACAUCAACAGUAUGUGCAACGUAUAGAGAAACAAUUUCUUUUGUAUGCCUACUGGAUAGGCUUAGGAAUUUUGUCUUCUGUUGGGCUUGGAACAGGGCUGCACACCUUCCUCCUUUAUCUGGGUCCACAUAUAGCUUCAGUUACAUUAGCUGCUUAUGAGUGCAAUUCAGUUAAUUUCCCCGAACCACCCUAUCCUGAUCAGAUUAUUUGUCCAGAUGAAGAGGGCACUGAAGGAACCAUUUCUUUGUGGAGCAUCAUCUCAAAAGUUAGGAUUGAGGCCUGCAUGUGGGGUAUCGGUACAGCAAUUGGAGAGCUGCCUCCAUAUUUCAUGGCCAGGGCAGCUCGCCUCUCAGGUGCUGAACCAGAUGAUGACGAGUAUCAGGAAUUCGAAGAAAUGCUGGAACACGCAGAGACUGCACAAGACUUUGCUUCCCGGGCUAAACUGGCAGUUCAAAACCUAGUACAGAAGGUUGGCUUUUUUGGAAUUUUGGCCUGUGCUUCAAUUCCAAAUCCUCUAUUUGAUCUGGCUGGAAUAACAUGUGGACACUUUCUUGUACCUUUUUGGACUUUCUUUGGUGCAACUCUGAUUGGAAAAGCAAUAAUUAAAAUGCAUAUCCAGAAAAUCUUCGUUAUAAUAACAUUCAGCAAACACAUAGUGGAGCAGAUGGUGGCUUUCAUUGGUGCUGUCCCCGGCGUAGGUCCAUCUCUGCAGAAGCCAUUCCAGGAAUACCUGGAGGCCCAGCGGCAGAAGCUUCACCACAAAAGUGAAAUGGGCACACCACAGGGAGAAAACUGGUUGUCCUGGGUGUUUGAGAAGUUGGUCGUCGUAAUGGUGUGUUACUUCAUCCUGUCCAUCGUUAACUCCAUGGCACAAAGUUAUGCCAAACGAAUGCAGCAGCGGUUGAACUCAGAGGAAAAAACUAAAUAAGCAGGAAAAGGUUUUAAUGGCAGAAGUUAGAAUGGAUGGGUUCUACCUUAAAUUGGGAGGACUCCAAACCAGGAAGGAAAAUUCCCUUUUCCAACCUGUAUCAAUUUUAAUUUUUUUUUUCCGGAAAGCAGUUUAGUCCAUAUUUUGCACUGACAUACUUUUCCUUUGUGUGUUAAGGUAAGGUAUCCACCCUCAAAUUCAAUCCAACUUGUGUUUUAUUAGGGUGGAAUGUGAUGUUCAGCAGCAAACUUAACAGAAACUGGCCUUUUCUUUGUUACUUUCCAAAGGCCCACGUGGUACAGUUAAAGAAUUCCGGGCACCAAAAAAUAGUUCCUAAGUAUGUUGAAUAUGUCAAGCCAUUUAGGCUUGUCAGAAAUGACUCCUUUGUUUUUCUAAGUCGUUAAAAUGUAUAUAAAUUAUACUAGAUUGGGUAACAGUCUUGCAUGUGUAUCAUGGUAAAAUUUAAUAUGCCAUCCUGCCCAGCCCUUCCUCUCCUACCUUAAAAAAAAGGCCAUUUUAGGAUGCAUUGCACACCCUCUGGGGAAACUGAUCUUUAAAUUUUGAGACAGUAUAAGAAAAUUCUGGUUGGUGUCUCACGAAUGAGCUGACACCAUUUUUUAUUCUGUAUAUUUAGAAUGAAGUCAUGAACAAACUUUAUAAAGACAUCUUUGAUCAUUCCAAAA